UAGAGUAAGAGGAAUAGCAGGGCAUACAUAGCACAGACAAGACAACAGAACAGAUUAUUAUUAGUUAUCUGUUUGCCUACCUACUCCUUCUGCUGUCUGUGCUACGAAAAUAAAAUUGUGAUAAUUUUUGUUUCUUGAUUAGCUAUUGCAGUAAAAAUAAAUAACUUCAUACAACCGCUAUGUAUGUGGUAAAUUGCCUAUUGUUUUAAGAAUACAUUGGUGUCGUCGAGUUUAGCAAGCGUUCCUGCCAAAGGCUCUGUCUUUUGCGGCCCGCUAGUCGCUUUAGCAAGUAGAGAUGGACAACAUUAUGUGGACCGCCGAAGAUGAGGCUAUCAUUGCUACCAAUACGGAUGCAACCGAGUGCAAGCGUUGCGCCGUAGAGCUUGGCUACUGGAAAGAUGAUUAUAUCGGCUUCUUUGCCAAGCGCGCCGAGCGCAAGGCGCCGGAGAUUAACCGCGGCUACUACGCGCGAGUAAAGGGCAUGGAAAUGUUCAUCCAUCAGUUUUUAGAGCGCUGUGGCACUAAGUGUCAAAUCAUCAACUUGGGCUGCGGCUUCGACACGCUGUACUGGAGGCUCGAGGACGCGACGCGCGCCGGCAUCAACUUCAUCGAGCUCGACUUCCCCACCGUCACCGCCAAGAAGUGCCACAUCAUCAAGCGCAACAAACAGCUGCUGGAGAAGAUCACCCGAGAAGACGGCGAGGUGGCGCUGGGCGCCGGCGGCGGCGAGCUGCACGCGGACGGCUACCACCUGGUGGGCUGCGACCUGCGCUCGCUGGGCGACGUGCGGCGGGCGCUGGCCGCGGCCCGGGCGGCGCCCGACGCGCCCACGCUGGCGCUGGCCGAGUGCGUGCUGGUGUACCUGCGGCCCGAGCCGGCGCGGGCGCUGCUGGCGCACCUGGCCGCGGCCUUCCCGCGCCUGGCGCUGCUGGUGUACGAGCAGUGCAGCCUGGACGACACGUUCGGCGAGGUGAUGGCGCGCAACCUGGCGGCCCGCGGCUGCGCGCUGGCGGGCGACUGGCAGCGGGCGGCGCCGGCCGAGCAGGCGGCGCGGCUGCGGGCGCUGGGCUUCGACGCGGCCCGCGCCUGGGACAUGGGCGCCGUGUGGCGCGCGCUGCCCGACGACGACCGCGCGCGCGUGGAGCGCCUGGAGAUGCUGGACGAGCGCGAGCUGCUGCAGCAGCUGCACGCGCACUACGCGCUCACCGUGGCCACCCGCGGCGACCUGUUCGCCGACAUGGACCUCAACGCGUAGGCCCCCGCACCACGGGCCCUGACCCGCCCUCCGACCGAACGAAUCGACUCGACCGUGUAGCGACUAUAUUCAUUGUUGACGUAAAUAUGGUUUCGGUACGCUUUUAUCUUUAAAAUCGGUUUACUAAUUUUAAGAUUAGAUUCGAAAACUGUAUAUAGUUACGUGUAUAAGCGGUUAAAAAUGGAAAGUGAGAUAAAUUGUUAUCAAAAUAAAUACGAUCAAUAUUCAAGGGCUACUUUAUCAUAAAAACAUUUAUUUUAAUUCUGAUCAUUUUUACCUACUCAUUUCACUUCACAGCCAAGAGGGGCGCCAAAUAUUCGGUAAAAGUUUCAGUGUCGCAUAUAAAUAUAAUGAAUUAUGAAGUAUACAUUUCCACUUAGGCCACAUCUUCCCUUACCUUCAGGUGAGAUUGUGGACGCAAACCUAUUUUCAAUAAAAAAAUGUUAUAUGAUAUGAAUAGAUAACUAGUUACUUUGGUUACUUCCUCAGGAUUCACAACAGACGUCCCGAGAAGUCGAAUAGUUCGGCCGAAUUUUCGAUUAAUUCACUAUUCGGCACAUCUUUAAUAACAUCGUAGUUUGCAAGAAAUUGUACAAGAAUACAGCUUCGAAAAACCGGUUCUAACGUCUUAUUACUAAUCACUCUCUUUCGUGUGUCUUCUCAGAAUACUGAGUCAAAUAUUUGUCUAAAUGCAACUUUUAUUUUAUUAAUUUUUAGGUAUGAUAUGAACGGUCUAUUGAUAAUGUUGCCACAAUGCCAAUGUCUGUACAGACGAUUUUUUUUGUUGACGUGUUUUUAUUUUCGUUAAGUAUUGGUAGGAUUGCAUUGCUGUAUACAAACAAAGAUAACUUUCUACUAAUGCCACUAUUAUAUUUUUUAUCCUUCUGGUGAUACUUAUCUGUGAUUUUCCGCGAAAAAAAAACAUCAUUAAAUACGUCGUAUUAUUUUAACUUAAAUACUGAAAACUACUACUUCAAUACUGACUAGAGUUUCGUGGAGAUAUAAUAGGUAAAUGGAGCAUAUCAGAAAACGAAUGCUGUUGAUCGUUGCUGUAUGAUUGAUAUUUCUGAGAUAUUAACAUGUGACACAGCAGAUAUUUCCAUAAAACGUAGAUAGUAGAAACUUUUGACUCUCAAUUUUGAAAUAGGCUACUAACUGGACACGUUAAGACGUUCAGUACCGAAUCGAUCGACUUCGAAAUCAAUUCAACCUGUGUUCAUUGAGGCACUUUCAAAACAUUGGAAUGAUCACAUGCUCAAGAUUGAUGGAAAUCAUUGUCUGAUAGUGUUAACAAAGAAUGGUUAUUCCAUUUAACUUGACCAGAAAUUAAAUUAAAAAUAAUGAAGCACAUUAAAUGUUUACUAAGACAUUUUGUUUUUGAAAGAAAUUUUGUUUUCAAUAUCAAACUACUAUAUAUUUAGUCCACGUUAAGUUAAGAUUAUUUUAUCACUCAUUCCAAUGAGGGACUUUCCAGGCCACAUAUAUAUAUGGCGCUGUCCAAAUUUGCCUUCCUUCUAGUUUCAUCGAUUACAGACAUACCUAUGCAUCUUAUAUUUCUUCGUUUUUGGGUAUACAUGAUGACCCUUUAUUACACCCAGGCACAACACAUCUUUCACCCAUUCUGAUCAAAAUAAAGAGAAACAAUAUAGGUAGCAACAUAAUUCUAUACAUAUCUGAUCAAGAUUUCCGAAAGGAUAUGCUUCUGCCAUUACAUUAUAUUUUUGAAUAAUUGAGUACCCGAGCAAAUUACCACGUUAAAUCUGGACAGCGCCACCUAGCGCGCCUUUUUUUUUUGGGCAACGUAUCCUGGAAUGUCCGUCAUUAUUGAAAGUGCCUCCCUUUGAUAUAAUCAAACAAAAGUGCCUCUUUACCUUACACACAGGUCGAAGACGAUCGAUUCGGUACCGAAAGCUUGAAUACGAGCUCUGUUAAAUAAUCAUUAUGAGAUUGUGUGAAAAGUACCUAUAGUUAAGUAAUUAGAAAGCUGUAAUGAUUUGUUGUACUAUCACAUUUAUUACGAUUAAUGUAGUGACACUAUCUGUAUUUAUUGUGAACAUUGUACUUGAAAAUAUUUUAUGAAUGUUUAAUUUACGUUUAUAUUUGUUGUGAUUUAUUUAGUAAAAAAUAUUUUGUGAAUAUA